UGGGCUGUACCGGAGACCGAGGUCCUUGGGGCCGGGGUGUGUGUGUGUGUGUGUGCGUGCGCGCGCGCAUGUGUGUGCGCGGGGUGGGGAAACCCCCACAAAGUGAGCCAACUCCGGUGGCUGGAAAGGAGCUGAACGCCUGGCUGGAAGGGGAGACGUGCUGGGAAGUGAAGGGCUCCCCUACCUAAGCCGUGGGACGACUGCUGCUCCUCCCCCACCCCACCCCCGCCGGCCGGCGUGGGGGCCCGGUGGCCAAGUCUGCGCCCCCCCAGAGUCCCCGGCCAUGCGGAUCCGGAUGGCCGUGAGGUGGACAUGGGCAGGCAAGAGCUGCUUGCUGCUGGCGCUUCUCACAGUAGCUUACAUCCUGGUGGAGUUCUCCGUCUCCACUUUGCACGCCUGGCCGGGGGCCAGCCAAGCCGGGCCCCGGGGGGCAGGACGGCUCUCAAACCUCGACCAAACGGGAGAAGAUUUGUCUCGCCCUCUUUAUGCGAAGCCCCCUGCAGAUUCCCGCGCACUUGGGGAGUGGGGGAGACCGAGCAAGCUCCAGCUGAGCGAGGACGAACAGAAGCAGCAGGAAGAACUCAUCGAGAGAUAUGCCAUUAACAUUUACCUCAGCGACAGGAUUUCCCUGCACCGCCACAUCGAGGAUAAAAGGAUGUACGAGUGUAAGUCCCAGAAGUUCAACUACAGGAAGCUCCCCACCACCUCGGUGAUCAUCGCUUUCUAUAACGAAGCCUGGUCCACUCUGCUCCGCACCAUCCACAGUGUUUUAGAAACCUCCCCCGCGGUCCUCUUGAAGGAGAUCAUCUUGGUGGAUGACCUGAGCGACAGAGUUUAUUUGAAGGCGCAGCUCGAAACCUACAUCAGUAAUCUGGACCGCGUCCGCUUGAUUCGCACCAAUAAGCGAGAGGGUCUGGUGAGAGCCCGCCUAAUUGGGGCCACUUUCGCCACUGGGGAUGUCCUCACUUUCCUGGAUUGUCACUGCGAGUGUAAUUCUGGGUGGCUGGAGCCCCUGCUAGAAAGGAUUGGUAGUGAUGAGACAGCAAUUGUUUGUCCCGUUAUCGAUACCAUUGACUGGAAUACUUUUGAGUUCUAUAUGCAGACCGGAGAGCCCAUGAUUGGUGGGUUUGACUGGCGUUUGACAUUCCAGUGGCAUUCCGUCCCCAAACACGAAAGGGACCGGCGGACCUCAAGAAUCGAUCCCAUCAGAUCGCCCACGAUGGCUGGAGGGUUGUUUGCUGUCAGCAAGAAGUAUUUUGAGUACCUGGGAACAUACGACACGGGCAUGGAGGUGUGGGGAGGUGAGAACCUAGAGCUGUCUUUUCGGGUGUGGCAGUGCGGCGGCACGCUGGAGAUCCACCCGUGUUCUCACGUGGGCCACGUGUUCCCUAAGCGGGCGCCGUACGCCCGCCCCAAUUUCCUACAGAAUACUGCCCGGGCCGCGGAAGUAUGGAUGGAUAAGUACAAAGAGCAUUUCUACAACCGAAACCCACCGGCCCGGAAAGAAGCUUAUGGGGAUAUUUCUGAAAGAAAAAUACUACGAGAACGACUGAGAUGCAGAAGUUUUGACUGGUAUUUGAAUAACGUGUUCCCUAACUUACAUGUACCAGAAGAUAGGCCAGGCUGGCACGGGGCUAUUCGCAGUCUGGGCAUCUCUUCCGAAUGUUUAGAUUACAAUUCUCCCGAAAACAACCCCACAGGUGCGAACCUUUCAUUGUUCGGAUGUCACGGUCAAGGAGGCAAUCAGUUCUUCGAAUAUACGUCGAACAAUGAAAUAAGGUUUAAUUCUGUCACCGAGUUAUGUGCAGUGGUCCCUGAACAAAAAAAUCAUGUAGGAAUGCAAAACUGUCCUAAAGAUGGACUCCCGGUCUCAGUCAAUAUUAUUUGGCAUUUUAAACCAGAUGGGACCAUAUUUCAUCCACACUCGGGACAGUGUCUUAGUGCUUACCGGACACCUGAGGGCCGACCUGGUGUACAAAUGAGGACUUGUGAUGCCCUAGAUAAAAAUCAGAUCUGGAGUUUUGAGAAAUAGAAAAGCACAACGGAUUUUUUUUUCUCAUGAGCUGACAAUAUCUCGAAAGGCAGAGAGUCCCAGUGAAGAUUAUGUUUUACCGGAAGUCAUCCAGCAGUCAUCUAUGAAGGGACCAGAGAGUUGUGGUUCACUCAGGAAUAUUACACUGAAACUGGGUGCAGAGUGCUGCUGUUUAAUGUAUCCGUGCCUUACUGAUGGGUUGUUGUUGUUUUAUGUAAAAGCUUUGUUGAUAGGGUCUCUUACUUCUCUUGAAAGAAACUGACUGUGAAUUGAGAUACACAAAACACUUUUUAAGUGUCAGACAUCAAGUUUAAGAAUGUAAAAGUCCAAGCAAAGUGAAAUAUGAGUUAUGCUGGUGGUUGUGUUCACUGCACAUCCCAUUUUUUAAAACCAAAACUUAAAUAUAUGCAUUUGGAAUUAUUACUAUUUUGAUUACAUAGAAUCUGGUUCACUUUUAAGCUAAUUUUCCUUUAACCAAAUAGAAAUCAAAGAAAAGCAGAUGUAGAGAAAAGAGCCUGGUUUAGAUAUUUCUUUCCCUGGUUUGAAUGUGAGUUUGGAGGGCUUUUUAACAUACAGAAAUCUCAGACAAUUAGAAGUCUGGAUGAAAGGGAAAGAUACUUACAUUCCACACUUCGUGAACUUGAGCUAUUGGACUUAUCUGUAUAUCAAUACCUCUAAUUUUGCAUGCUCUCCCUCUGUGAACUUGUUAUGAGUAGGGCAUUUUCGAAUUGCACUUCCCUAAGUUAUGAAUGUACUAGGAAUGGAUUCAUUCAGAAUACUGUCCAUCUCUUUGUUUUUAAUGCUUAAUCAUUUGAAGUAAACACAACUGAGGCCUCUCUGAAAGUUAAACCCGAAUGUGUUUACUGAAAUAUGUGAAACUGAAAGUGGACCCACUUCUGCAAAGACUGGAACUCUUCCACAAGUUCCUACUGAUCUGGAAAUUUAAGGAUUUGUCUUAAAAUUGCCAGGAAAGAAGUCUGCAUUGACAAUUGUCAGUGCUGCCUUCUUGCCUAUUUGUAGCCCCUACCAGUCUUAUGCUUAGGCAGCUUUUAGUAAGUGGGUGAAUGAAUGACUGAAUGAAUGGCUUAGCUGAGGAAUAUGAUUUUCAUCCAGUCAUUUUUAUUGCACUUGCUCAUCAGUUUCCUCAUCUGUAGGUGAUUUAUGAAUGUUCCAGCUAUGAAAUGUUGAUUAUACAUUCUCUCCUCAGACUCAUUCAUUGUGCAAUUUCUAUUACAGCUUUCCUAUCUUCACUUCUAACAUAGGUAAUAUUGAGCAAUGUUUGCUACAGUGUUUGUGAGCUGGAAAAGAGUGGUGUUUUUUUUAAAACUGAGUGAGCUGAGCUCACCUGAAGCAUUUGUUUCUGGUAGUCAUUUCACUUUGACAGUUCUUGAACCAGUUUUGUUUUUUAAAACUUCUAAGCUGUAGCUGGGCCCCAGUGGCUCAUGCCUAUA